AUGUGGUGGUCACUCACGGGUGCUGCAGCCGGUCCGGCAAAGAGGCAACCUGCACCUGUGAGUAUACUGGAGAUGCCACCGUAUGAACCCACUUUGAAGAUGGAAGCGAUGCCUCCGAGAAAUCCACCGCAGACUGAACACACUAGAAAAUGUUGGAGAAGAGUGGAUUGGGAUGAUUUGAACGAGAUUUUUACGCAGUACGACUUGCAUUCUGAUCGAGUAAAACACAAAGUGCAUGGUUACUUACGUGCACCUUUUCGUGCUCGCAUCUGUGAGGCACAAAGUUAA